CGUAGUUUUGGACAAACUUGACUUUUUCCGUGAGAAAGUUGUCUCACACUUGAAAGAUGUCUGCAGGGACGGAAGGAGAUACUUUGUGCUUCUUCAUCAACGGGAAAAAGGUAACAGAGAACCAUGCAGACCCUGAAACCAUGCUGCUGUCGUUCCUCAGAGAGAAGCUGAGGUUAACUGGAACCAAGUAUGGCUGCGGCGGUGGAGGCUGCGGGGCGUGCACCGUCAUGGUGUCGCGCUACCAACCCGCCACCAAAACCAUCAUACAUUAUGCAGUCAACGCCUGCCUCCUGCCGAUCUGCCAGCUCCACGGAGCCGCCGUGACCACGGUGGAGGGCAUCGGCAGCACCAAGACCAGGAUCCACCCUGUACAGGAGCGGAUAGCGAAGGCUCACGGCUCCCAGUGUGGCUUCUGCACUCCGGGAAUGGUGAUGUCCAUGUACGCUCUGCUGAGGAACAAGCCUCAGCCCAGCAUGGAGGACAUCACACAGGCUCUGGCCGGUAACUUGUGUCGAUGUACUGGAUAUCGACCCAUCGUUGACGGCUGCAGGACCUUCUGCCAGGAGGCCAACUGCUGCCAAACCAACGGAGGUGGAGACUGUUGCCUGGACGUGAAGGACGAGACUGAUGAGCAGGAUGACGAGAAGCCUCAGCUGUUCAACAAGGACGAGUUUCUGCCUCUGGACCCGACACAGGAGCUGAUCUUCCCUCCUGAGCUGAUCCUGAUGGCAGAAUCAUCGAACCUGAAGACGCUCACUUUUUAUGGGGAGAGGACGAGCUGGGUGUCCCCGACCUCCCUGGACGAGCUGGUCCAGCUGAGGAGCAGCAACCCGAAAGCUCCUCUGGUGAUGGGAAACACCAACAUAGGUCCAGAUAUGAAGUUCAAAGGUGUCCUGCAUCCUCUGAUUAUCUCUCCGACCAGAGUCCUGGAGCUGUUCGACGUCACUCAGACGGCACAGGGUGUUUGGGUCGGAGCCGGCUGCAGUCUGUCCGAGGUUCAGUCUCUCCUGGAGAAACUGGCUCCUCAGUUUCCGGAGGAGAAGACGGAACUGUUCCGAGCGUUGAUCCGACAGCUGAGGAACCUGGGAAGCCAGCAGAUCCGUAAUGUUGCAUCUCUUGGAGGAAACAUCAUGAGCGCGUACCCAAACUCAGACCUGAACCCUGUUUUGGCUGCCGGGAACUGCAAAGUGAGCGUCGUCUCCAACGGAGGAAGACGAGAGGUUCAUCUGAAUCAAGACUUCUUCGUGAGCUUUGGGAAGACGGUCCUGAAGCCGGAGGAAAUCAUCGUGUCUGUCUUCAUUCCCUUCACCAGAGAGGGGGAGUUUGUGUCAGCUCUCCGUCAGGCUCCGAGGAAGGAGGGCGCCUUCGCCACAGUGACGACCGGGAUGAGAGUGUUCUUCUCCGAGCGAUCCAGAGUCGUUCAGGAAGUCAGUAUUUACUACGGAGGAAUGGGACCGACCACCGUCAGCGCCGCGAAAACCUGCGCUGCUAUCGUCUCGAAGCCCUGGGAUGAUGAGACCCUCGGCCGGGCCUACGACGUCCUCCUGGAUGAGCUGGUCCUCCCUCCUUCGGCUCCUGGAGGAAAAGUGGAGUUUCGUCGCUCUUUGACUCUCAGCCUCCUCUUCAAAUUCAACCUGGAGGUCCUGCAGAAGCUCAGAGAAAUGAACGUGAUUAAAGAUGAGCUUCCUGAGAGGAUCCGUCCUUUACCCAGAGACAUCCAGCCCAGCCUGCAGGAGUACCAGCAUGUGUCGAAGGACCAGAGUGCCCAGGACCCGGUGGGGCGUCCCAUCAUGCAUCGCUCUGCCAUCAGCCAGGCGACAGGCGAGGCCGUGUACUGUGACGACAUCCCCAGAACAGACGGGGAGCUCUUCAUGGCUGUGGUCACCAGCUCUCGAGCGCACGCUAAAAUCACAAGUCUGGACGUGAGCGAGGCUCUGCGGCUCCCCGGCGUCGUCGAUGUCAUCACGGCUAAAGAUAUUCCCGGGAAGAAAGUCCGAACGGUGUUUGGUUAUGAUGAGGAGCUGCUCGCUGAGAGCCAGGUGUCGUGUGUCGGUCAGAUGAUCUGUGCGGUGGUCGCUGACACGAAGGCGCACGCCAAGCGAGGAGCGGCGGCUGUGAAGAUCAGCUAUGAAGACCUGCCUGACCCGGUUUUUACUGCAGAGGACACCAUCGAGAAGUCGUCCUUCUUUGAGCCUCGGCGGGUGAUCUGGAGAGGAAACGUGACGGAAGCCUUCAAGACUGUCGAUCAGCUUCAUGAAGGAGAGAUUCGAAUGGGCGGUCAGGAGCAUUUCUACAUGGAGACCCAGAGCAUGCUGGUUGUUCCUGUCGGAGAGGAGACAGAGUUCAAAGCUUACGUCUCCACUCAGUGGCCGACGUUAACUCAGGAUGCGAUUGCAGACACGUUGAACAUCCCGUCCAACAGAGUCACCUGUCACGUCAAAAGGAUGGGCGGAGCUUUCGGCGGGAAGGUCACUAAAACCUCCAUCCUGGCCAGUAUUACAGCUGUGGCUGCGCUGAAGACCAGUCGUGCAGUGCGCUUCGUGCUGGAGCGAGGCGACGACAUGCUGAUCACAGGAGCUCGUCACCCCGUCCUGGGAAGAUACAAAGUGGGUUUCAUGAUGGAUGGAAGCAUCGUGGCUGCAGACAUUCAGUACUACACCAACGCUGGCAACUCUAUCGAUGAGUCGACUCUGGUCGUAGAAAAGAUUCUGCUCCACAUGGACAACGCCUACAACAUCCCCAACCUGCACGGUCGCGCUUCCGCCUGCAGGACCAACCUGCCCUCCAACACCGCCUUCAGGGGCUUCGGCGUGCCGCAGAGCAUCAUGAUCGUGGAGAACAUGAUCAACGACGUGGCCGUGCUGCUGGGACGCCCUGCGGACCAGAUUCGGGAGAUCAACAUGUACAAGGGGCCGUCAGUCACCCACUACAAGAUGGAGUUCAGCCCCGAGAACAUGCUGCGCUGCUGGGACGAUUGUAAAGUCAAGUCCGACUUCAGCGCCCGCCGCAAAGCUGUCGACCAGUUCAACCAGCAGAACCGCUGGAAGAAGAGGGGCAUCGCCAUCAUCCCCAUCAAAUAUGGGAUCGCAUUCGCAGAGAGCUUCUUAAAUCAGGCCGGAGCUCUGGUUCACGUCUAUAAGGACGGAUCGGUUCUGGUCACUCAUGGUGGGACGGAGAUGGGUCAGGGCAUCCACACUAAGAUGCAACAGGUGGCGAGUCGGGAGCUUCACAUCCCGACCUCGAAGAUCUACAUCAGUGAAACCAGCACCAACACUGUUCCCAACACCUGCCCCUCCGCCGCCUCCUUCGGUACCGACGCCAACGGCAUGGCGGUCAAGAACGCCUGCAUGAUUCUGUACCAGCGACUGGAGCCAAUCAGGCAGAAGAACCCCAAAGGAUCAUGGGAAAGCUGGAUCAAUGCAGCGUACUUUGAGAAGAUCAGCCUCUCAGCCACCGGGUUCUACAGGGGUCCAGAUCUUUACAUGGACUGGGACAAGAUGGAGGGGCAGCCUUACGCUUACUUCACAUACGCGACGUGUUGCUGUGAGGUGGAGCUGGACUGCCUCACUGGAGACUACCGGACGGUGAGGACGGACAUCGUGGUCGACAUCGGCAGAAGUGUGAACCCCUCAGUGGACAUCGGCCAGAUUGAAGGAGCGUUCAUGCAGGGUUUGGGUCUCUACACUCUGGAGGAGCUGAAGUUUUCCCCCUCCGGGCUUCUGUACACUCGAGGUCCGUCUCAGUAUAAGAUCCCUGCGGUGUGCGACGUGCCGCUUCGCUUCAACGUCUAUCUGCUGCCCGACUCCAGCAACCCUCACGCCAUCUACUCCUCCAAGGGUAUCGGAGAACCCAUCGUCUUCCUGGGCAGCACCGUGUUCUUCGCCAUCAAAGACGCCGUGGCUGCAGCUCGCUCAGACUCGGGUUUAGUCGGCCCGUUUUCUCUGGACAGCCCCGCGACGCCGGAGAGAGCCUGUCUGGCUUGUGCCUCCCCGUUCACAAAGAAGAUCCCAGUGAGCAAACCAGGAUCUUUCAAACCGUGGGCAUUAAACAUCUAACACCAAAAUCUGUUUGUUGGUUUUAAAUGUCUUCAAAUCAAACCUAAACCAACUGUGAAAUCAGUGUAACCAGCGAUGGUGAUGCAGCUAAUUUUCUGAUACUCUAUAAACCCAGUACACUUGAAUUUUGUUGGAUUAAACAUGUCUUCAUGUCUUCUCCUGAUGAAGAAAUCUCCCCAUUCGCGGGACAAAUAAAGGAAUUCUGAUUCUGAUUUUUAACAGUGUAUGAUAUGAAAUAAAUGCAGCAUGACCACUAAAAUAAACAGUACAACACUUCA